AUGGGGCACCCCGCGGCCGAGCCGGCACGAGGAGACCUGCCAAGACACUCUUGGUGCUCCUUGGAGCCCUUUCUUUAGGCAGCCUUGUUGAGUUUGACGAGGAACCGAGGGGUUGCCACGUAUGCCCAGGCACUCCAGAAUAUUCCUGAAACCCAAGUCAGCACUCUGGAAAACGGUCUCCGCGUAGCUUCGGAGGAGUCUAAUCAGCCGACAUGUACCGUGGGUGUGUGGAUUGGGGUGGGGAGCCGCAACGAGAACGAGAAGAACAACGGAGCCGGCUUCUUCCUGGAACACCUGGCCUUUAAGGGCACAAAGAAGCGCCCCGGUGCCGCCUUUGAGAAGGAGGUAGAGAGCAUGGGUGCCCACCUCAGCGGGUACACGUCGCGUGAGCAGACUGCCUAUUACAUCAAAGCCCUGUCCAAGGACAUGCCCAAAGCUGUGGAGCUCCUGGCCGACGUGGUGCAGAACUGUGCUCUGGAGGAGUCUCAGAUCGAGAAGGAGCGCGGCGUUGUCCUGCAGGAGCUGAAGGAGCUCGACAGCAACUUGACGGACGUUACCCUUGACUACCUUCAUGCCACUGCGUUCCAGGGCACCGCGCUGGGCCGCACUGUCGAGGGGACCACUGAGAACAUCAAGCGUAUGACUCGUGCAGAUCUAGUUUCCUACAUUGACACCAACUUCAAGGCACCUCGUAUGGUCCUGGCAGCUGCUGGAGGCAUUUCGCACAGGGAGCUGGUGGAUGCAGCUAAGCAGCACUUCAGCGGAGUGCCCUUCACUUACAAAGAGGAUGCGGUGCCCGUGCUGCCUCCCUGCCGCUUCACCGGGAGCGAGAUCCGUGUCAGAGAUGAUGCUCUGCCUCAUGCCCACAUUGCUCUUGCUGUGGAGGGUCCAGGAUGGGCUGAUCCUGACAACAUUGUCCUUCUUGUGGCCAAUUGCAUCAUUGGCCGCUAUGACCGCACGUUUGGAGGUGGUAAGAAUCAGUCCAGCAGGCUGGCCACGCUUGCCGUGGAGCAUAAUCUCUGCCACAGUUUCCAGACGUUCAACACCUCUUACUCCGAUACCGGCCUCUUUGGUUUCCAUUUCAUUUCGGAUCCGCUGUCCAUAGACGACAUGCUGUACUGCGCUCAGGGCGAGUGGAUGCGUCUGUGCACCAGCGCCACAGAGUCAGAGGUGCAGAGAGCCAAGAACAUGCUCCGAAAUGCCAUGGUGGCCCAGCUGGAUGGUACGUGCUCGUUGUGUGAGAAUAUGGGAAGCCAUAUCUUAAACUACGGGCGCCGUAUCCCUCUGGAGGAGUGGGAUUCCAGGAUUUCGGCUGUUGACGCAAGAAUGGUGCGGGAGGUCUGCAGCAAAUACAUCUAUGACAGGUGCCCAGCAGUUGCAGCGGUGGGUCCCAUUGAGCAGCUUUUGGAUUACAACCGUAUCCGCAGUGCCAUGUACUGGGUCCGCUUCUAGGAUGUGUCCCUGCAGGAUGGAAACAGUGAAGCUGUGGACUCUGAUGGGGCCCCUGAGGUUCUG